AUGUUUAAUUUAUUGACAACUAAAUCAUGUGUAGUUGUUAAUAAAUGUCAUGGUAGUUUAGUCAAUCCACUAACGACUCUAUUAAAAUCUACAACAUCAACUACAUCAGUAUUCACUAGUAACAAUAUAUAUUCAUUAUCUUUAUUUAACAAUAGUUUUGCAACUACAUCAACAAACUAUGGUAAUAACAAAAAUAAAAAUAGCAAUAAUAAAUCAAAGAUAUCAUCUAUUGGUGUAAGAAAGUCAGAUAGAUAUGAAAAAUCAACAAAAGCAAGACAAUCCGGUGACAGAAGUAGAGAUAAAUAUUCAUCGUCAUCAUCAUCAUCAUCAUCAUCGUCAUCACCUAUAAAGAAUAAGAAAAAGAUGUUACUUCCGAUUUCAAAUUCAAAGGAUUUUAAGAGUGUUAAUAGAUUUACACAAAAUGCCGCUGGAUCUUCAUCUAUAUCACCAUCAUCAUCAUCAGCUUCAAAGUUGGUAAAACAAAAGGCAAAUAAAGUAAUUGUUGAACAUCCAGAUGAAGAUGUCACUGUUAUACAAUCAAAGUCAACUUUUGUCGAUGGUCUGAAUCCUGAGCAUUCUGGAAGUGGUGCAGCGUUCGCCCGACUCGGUCUAGUGCCAACGCUGGUGCAAUCGCUUCGCGAGAUGAACAUUACUAUUCCCUCGACCAUUCAGCAACUUGCGAUACCAGAGAUAUUGUCAAAGAAAUCCGAUGUCCUCUUUGUUUCACAAACCGGUACCGGUAAAACACUUAGCUAUCUACUGCCUGUCUUUCAGAAUCUAAAGCAAUCGGAGCAACGCGAACAAACCGAACUGGAAGCACAACAAGCUGACAAACAGAAGCAACUAGAACAACAACUCAGAGACAAAGGUAUCGAUGAUCCAAGUCGAUUUGGCAUCGAUAUAGAAGCGAGCUUAUCACAGGCCAAAGAGAGAAUGCCUGCCAGACCCAGAGCUAUCAUUCUCGUGCCAACAAGAGAGUUGGUAAAACAAGUAUCUCAAGUCACCAAACAGAUUGCACAUCAUCAUAAACUAUCAUGUACCGGAAUAGCACGUGGUGGCGGUGAAAACGCUAAACAUCUAAAAGAUUUCAAAGAGAGACCGAUCGAUAUCGUUGUUUCUACACCCGGUGUAUUAAUACAAUUAAUAGAGAAUAAACAAAUAUUCUUUGGUUAUUUAGAGUAUUUGGUUGUAGAUGAAGCAGAUUCAAUGUUUACAGAUGGUAAAGGAUUUGAUGAAGAUAUGAAAAAGAUAUUGACACCUAUAGAGUAUCGUUUGAUGAAUAAGAACAUACCCGACUACAAGAAUAUCUAUUCUGUCAUUUGUAGUGCAACUUUAACACAGCAGUUGAUGAGCACUAUCAAAUCAUUAUUCCCAAGUAUCUCAAAGAUCUCUACACCCUACAUACACAAGUCACUCAACACAUUAGAGCAACAAUUCAUAACAGUUAAAGGUGGUGAUAAACAUGAGGCAUUAUUAAGAUCAGUUACACCAUCAAAGAGUAAGAAAAUAUUGAUUUUUUGUAAUUCACCAGAUUCAUGUAGAUCUACAGAGCACUUUUUGAAUGAGAAUGGAUUCUCUGUGACUUCAUUGCACGGCGAUAUACCCUCGAGGUUGAGACAGAGCAACUGGAAGGAGUUUUCAAUGGGUGAGAAACAAAUUCUGGUUUGUACAGACAUUGCAUCGCGUGGUAUAGAUAUCAAGUCAGUGGAACAUGUCAUUCUCUUUGACUUUCCUUCUAAUCCUAUAGACUAUCUUCAUCGUAUCGGUAGAACUGCACGUGCAGGUCAACGUGGUGUUGUAACAUCUAUCAUCGGUAAGAAAGAUCUAGUAUUAUCAAACGCAAUUCAAGAAGCACUUAAAAGAGGUGAUAGUUUAGAAUCACUUUCAUCAAAUAAAAGAUUAAAUAAAUAUUAA